AGAGUCGUAUGAGGAAGAGCUGAAUAAGAUUAUUGACCGCCUUGAAAUACGUUUAGGUAAGAUAGGUGUAGAUGCAAUAUAAUAUCAAUAUAUCCUACUGUUAGUUUCUCGAUUUUUUUUUGUCUCAAGCUGUACGUUGUGCAGCAGCUUCUGACAGUGACUGAGCGCUAUGGAGACUUCAGACCCAGGCCCUGCAGACGGAGAAGAGCGAAUGGUAGAACUACGACCCAGAACCCGGUCCAAUCCCGAGGGAGCAGAAGACAGGCGCAGUAGCAAUGGUAGUUUAAACAGCACUCCACCCCCGCAGCCUGCCGUGGGCAGUCGAGUGGAGGGCGAGGGAGAGGCCUCCAGCACUGAUAGCCCUCCCAAUUCCACGACUACCAUUACGACAACUGUUCCAACCCCCAUCGCUGCCUCAGCCAGCGCCACAGCAAGUGUGCCUUCCCCAGCGUCUGGUGCCAAAGAUCGACCCAAAACAACCCUUCCACCACAGAUUCCCCCAGCAGCAGAGCUGCGAGCACCAAGAGUCAACUGCCCUGAAAAAGUGAUCAUCUGUUUGGACUUAUCAGAAGAAAUGUCGCUGCAGAAGCUAGAGUCCUUCAAUGGAUCCAAGACAAAUGCCCUCAACAUCUCCCAGAAGAUGAUUGAAAUGUUUGUGAGAACAAAGCACAAAAUAGACAAGAGACAUGAAUUCGCCUUGGUUGUGGUCAAUGACGACGCCUUGUGGUUAUCAGGCUUUACCUCAGACCCACGGGAGUUGUGCAGCUGUCUGUAUGACCUGGAAACGAAUGUCUGUGAAUCCUUCAACCUGGAAGAUCUUCUCAACGUCAUUCUCCAGAAGAUUGAGCUUCCACUCAUGGACAAUGUUCAGACGAUCCCACCCCCUUUUGUGGUUCGUACUCUCCUCAUCUAUAGUCGCCACGCUGGCCAACUACAGUUCAACCCAUCUGAUGCUGUCAAUAAAAUGUUACGCUCUCCAUACUUCUUCUUUGAUGUAAUUUACCUUCAUAAUGGAACAGAUGAGCAAGGGGAAGAUAGCAGCUGGAGGGAUAUAUAUGCGUCCUUCUCAAGCUUGGACUCUAAAGGGAUGUGCUACCGCUUUGAGGCAUCGCUGUGCGGCCCUGCUAUCGACCUCUACAAUUGCAUGGCCAGGCUCCUGUGCCACCCGCUGCAGAGACCCUUUCAGAGCCAUGCCUCCUACAGCCUGCUAGAGGGCGACGAGGCGCAAGAGAUCGAGGCCACGGUGUAGUGCUGCUGCCAGAGGAGCGAUAGGACACCAGAGGAGAGGUGCGGCAGGUAACAGAUAAACCAGCCACUCCCUGUUCCCUGGGAGUUGCCUUCUGUCUCUCUGAGGACGAACACUUUCGGUUGUGUGAAAAAGGACUCUGAAGGGAGCCUUUUAAUCAGAGUGGAAUGAAAUGAUCUGAAUGGGAGGUCUGAGCUUGUGGACCUGAAAUGAUAUUUUCCUCAAGAGUUCCUCUGUCAUUAUUUCUGAUUUUCUGCUAUCUUUUGCAAGUUUUAUGUCUUGUUCAGUUUUUUUUUAAAUUGAAAGAUCUGUAAGGUCUAUUAGAGAACCCUAUCAGCCAGUCAUUGUUUAAAUAGAAUUAACACUUUUAUGACAUACAUUUUUUUUUAUAUACAGACUAAAACAACUGUGUUGAUUACUGAAAUGCAGAUCAAAUAGAAUGUGUUAAAAUGUAUGUUAUUUUGUAUUAUAGUGCAGAUUUGGUUAUUGCAUAUUGGAUGGAGUAUGCAGUCAACAAACAGUGUGAAAAGGAUAUGUCCAUUGUAAAUCAGACCAGGAUACACAAGGGCACAGAUCAAUUAAAUUAUACAACAAGAAUAUGGAGUACACAGAAUUUCACAUCUGGUUUUUGCAUUAUAUUCGUUUCAUCCAUGAUUAUUCAGAUGAUAGCUCAGGCAUUUAAGUGUCUUGCUCUUGUGAAUUGUGAUAGAUUUUCUUUAUUUUCUCUUCACUUCAAUGAAAUGAUUUAAUCUAACAAUAUGGGCAGAGGCCUUCUGGUUUAGAUCAUACUUGAAAGUUUACCAUUUGGGUAAAUUAAGUUUUUCUGAUCAUAAACUGGUGUUCCUUAGUGUUUUGUUUCCUUGUAUAUUUUGACAUUAGCUUUCACUGCAAUACUGAUAAGUAAUUAUGUCUCUCAGAGAUAUUGGAAUCUAUAAUGACAAAUAAAAAGGUGUCAAAAUGAU